AUGACGUCCGUUGCCCAGUUGAUGUUCGAUGAAUUCGGGCAGCCCUUUAUCUUGAUGCGUGAUCAAGAGAAGCAGAAGCGGAUAACGGGAAUUGAAGCCCUAAAGAGCCACAUCCUCGCCGUGCGUGCCGUUUCAAACACUGUUCGAACGUCACUUGGGCCCCGCGGUUUGGACAAGCUGAUGGUUUCGGGAGACGGUGACAUCACGUUGACAAAUGACGGUGCCACGAUCGUCGACAAGAUGGAUGUGCAGCACCCUAUUGCCAAGCUCAUGGUCCAGCUCAGCAAAUCGCAAGACUCCGAAAUUGGUGAUGGCACGACCGGUGUUGUCGUGUUGGCCGGUGCACUACUGGAGGAAGCCGAAAAGUUACUGGACCGCGGCAUCCACCCCAUCAAGAUCGCCGAUGGAUUCGACCUGGCAUGCAAGAAGUCGCUCGAGACCUUGGAUGCCAUUGCUGUCAAUUUUCCAGUCAAGGAUCGCGAGCGUCUGGUUGAGACCGCGGAGACCUCGCUCGGAUCAAAAAUUGUAAACCGUGCGGUGCGACACUUUGCUGAAAUCGCCGUCGAUGCUGUGCUUUCUGUUGCUGAUAUCGAGCGAAAGGACGUCAAUUUCGAGCUGAUCAAGGUGGACUCGAAAACCGGCGGAAAGCUAGAGGACUCGCUGUUGGUCAAGGGAAUUCUGCUCGACAAGACCCUCUCGCAUCCUCAAAUGCCUCGGGAGAUCAAGAAUGCUAAAAUCGCCAUCCUCAACUGCCCGUUCGAGCCCCCAAAGCCAAAGACCAAGCACUCUUUGGACAUCACUGACACCGCUGCUUACAAGGAACUGCGGGAAUAUGAAAAGACCGUGUUUGAGACGAUGAUCAAGCAGGUGAAGGAUUCUGGCGCUACCCUUGCCAUCUGUCAGUGGGGAUUCGAUGAUGAGGCUAAUCACCUGUUGCACCGCCACAACCUCCCCGCCGUUCGUUGGGUUGGUGGCCCCGAACUGGAGCUGCUCGCCAUUGUCACUGAUGGACGCAUCGUACCGCGAUUCUCUGAGCUGACUCCUGAAAAGCUUGGCAGAGCCGGUUUGGUCAAGGAAAUCUCGUUCGGCACAACAAAGGACCAGAUGCUCUGCAUUCAGGACUGCCCCAAUCAUCGCGCUGUCACCGUUUUCGUUCGCGGUGGCAACAAGACGAUCAUUGAUGAGGCGAAGAGAUCCCUGCAUGAUGCGAUGUGCGUGGUCCGCAACCUGGUCAAGGAUGACCGAAUCGUCUACGGAGGAGGCUCUGCCGAGACUGCUUGCGCGCUGGCUGUCGCAAAGGAGGCCGACAAGGUCACUGGCAUCGAGCAGUACGCCUACCGCGCCUUUGCCGAUGCACUCGAACAGAUCCCGAUGGCGUUGGCCGAAAACUCUGGACUACCACCCAUUGAGGCCCUCGCAGACCUGAAGGCCAAGCAGAUCAAGACCAAGAAUCCGAAUCUGGGAAUCGAUUGUCUCUUCAAGGGAACCAACGACAUGUGCGAGCAAAAGGUCGUCGAAACCCUGCUGAGCAAGAAGGAGCAGCUCAGCCUUGCCACGCAAGUCGUCCGCAUGAUCCUCAAGAUUGAUGAUGUCCGUCUGCCUGAUGAAGAUGCU